AUGCCAAACAAAUUCCAAAUAAACACCUACAGCUUCUGGAUAGUCACAUACGUGGCUAUAGGCACAAUCUCCAGUGCCUACGGCCUAGCAAUAAUAGGCACAACAGUCGGUCAACCAAACUUCUACAAAUACUUCAAUCUAGCCCCACAAGGUACACAAGGAUACGACCACACAACCAACAUAAUCGGCGCUCUAAACGGCGUGAACUCCGCCGGUGCGAUAAUAGGCUGUAUAUUUCAAGCCUGGGCCGGCGACUACUUCGGACGAAAAUGGACCAUGCAGUUUGGACUAGUUGUUCUGGUCGUGGGUGGUGCCUUGUGCGCAGGCACAGUCGACAUCGCGAUGUUUAUCGUUGCGCGUUUGGUCGCGGGGAUCGGAUCAGGUGCUUUAGCCUGUAUUGUACCGACUUAUCAAGCUGAGAUUGCUACUGCCGAGACCAGGGGUGCGAUGGUUGCUAUUACGGGGAUUAUGUAUGCGGUUGGGUAUUCGAUUGCGGCCUGGCUUGGGUAUGCAUGCUAUCAUAUUAAAGACAGUGAUUCGGCGGUUCAAUUCUCUUGGAGGUUCCCUUUGGCGGUUCAGGUGCUUUUCCCGCUUAUCGUGUUGGUCGGGAGUCCGUUUGUUCCUGAGUCGCCGAGGUGGUUGUUGCAGCAGGGAUCGCGGGAGAAAGCCUUGUCCGUUGUGACGCGCCUGCAGCGAGAUACCGUGAACGCAAGACAGGAAUUCUUUUUGAUUGAGAAGCAGUUUGAACUUGAUCGGUCUAUUCAGACGAGGUGGUUUGAGAUCUUGAGGACUCCUGCUAAUCGGCGCCGGGCGUUUGUGGCGUGUGCGUUGAUGUGGGGAGAUCAGUUUCUGGGGAUUUUCAUCAUUACGAACUAUGGUGUUUUGAUCUACGAGAGUAUUGGAUUCGAGGAUCCCGUGCCACUUCUGCUUUAUGCGUGCUGGGCCAGUUUCACUUUGAUUGGAAAUACGUGGACAGCACUCUACGUCGACCGUUAUGGACGCCGAAACUUCCUGCUCAUUGGGUCCAUUGGUUGUGUUGGCUGUCUGAUCUUCUUGUGUGCGCUCUGUGCCCAAUACCUCGGAACGGACAACGCAGCCGGACUACACGCUGCUGUGUUCUUCGUCUUCUUUUAUUGCUUCUGGUGGUGUUUCUUUAUGGAUGCUACGCAGUAUAUCUACAUCGCCGAGAUAUUCCCGAAUCACCUGCGGACUCAGGGUGUUGCGCUGGGUAUUGCAUUCUUCUACCUCGCUUCGGAAGUCACUCUGGUCGCUGCGCCUGUGGGUCUGGCCAAGAUUGGCUGGAAGUUCUACUUGGUUCUGAUUGUUCCGUCCUUGUUCUAUAUUGGGGUGAUCUACCUUUUCUUCCCAGAAACGAAGGGACGAGCUCUCGAGGAGAUUGGUGCUUUGUUUGGUGACGAUGCUCAUGUUGCUGUUCACUGGUACGAUGCGACAGAAGAGGAACGUGAGAAGAUGGCCGAGGAGGCUCUUCGAGGGCUAUCUCAAGCAGAGAGCUCUGAAGACAAGGUCCAUUCGUCUCACCUUGAUUUUGCAGAAUGA